AUGGAAACGGUUUAUUCAACCGCUACCAAUUACGGGGUGACUUCUCGAGGAAUGAACAAAAAGCGCCCGGCAAAUUCUGGAUCCGAUACUCUGAAUGCAAGCGAAAAUGAGGCCCUAUUUGCGUGUCUACCGUUUGAUUGUUACUCACUGUAUGCAGCUGUAGCUGAAGUAUUGGAAGGAAAACCGAAUGAACGGAGGUGGAUUCGACUUCAUUCUGGUGUUCUUGCACUGGUGAAAGACUACGAAAAUCGCGCCUACUUCUUGCGAGCCUUUGACAUCAUGAAUCGCAGAGUGUUGUGGAGCGAGAAAAUGUACAAAAACUUUACGGCUACUGCAUUCCCACAUUGCGUAAAUUUGCUCGCAUUUGAAAGCGAGAAUGGUCAGAUUUUCGGACUGAAUUUUGCACAUUCUAUCGAGGCAACCAAGUUCAAAGGACACAUCGAUAAGCGGAAUGAACAGGAACGAAAAACUCAUCAACAAAAACUUGGUGGACAAGGUGCCGUGCCGGCUGCACCAAUGCCUCCUAUUCCAAUCGGUGUUAGCUACGGAACAAGACCAACCGCAAUGGCUCCAGCUGCUUUCAAUUCAAACGGUGUAGCUGUCCCUUCUGCAGCUGUUCUCACACAGCCGCAACCAGAAAAAGAUCAACGAAACUUUUUGGGAUUUAAGAAGAAGCCAAAGAAAGAGAACAGAAAGAUCAGAAAAGAAGACAUUUCGAAUCCUACAAAUUUUGAACAUCGAGCUCACGUUGGUUGGGACCAAGAACAAGGAUUUAAAGAUAUCUACUCGAACAAGGAACACAUCGAUGAAAGCGUUGCUGAAAUUAUUAAGGCUGCUGGACAUUCUGCAGAGGGAAUGGAUGGGAAAACGAUUAAAUUCGUUUAUGACUUCAUCGACCAAUACAAGAAGAACAAUUCAGGCGUAAGCCCUCCGGUUGCUUCCAUUCACACUUUAAAUCCACCAAUGGCAACUAUGGCUCAAAAAAUUCAAACAGCUCCUCUGAAUAAUUGGCCAGCUACAACAUAUCCACCAGCGUCGAAUGUUUCCACUCCGCCCCCACCCCCACGAGUAGCCAGUGCUCAACAAGGAUACGGAGGCGCAAGUGGGGCACCACCCGCUCGUCCACCACCACCUCCACCAAUGCAAGGUCCCAAAGUCGCUCAACAACGUCCACUUCCACAGGCUCCACAAGUGAAUGGUUCACGUCCAGAAACAGGCCCGCCUCCACCACCACCCCCUCCUCCAAUGGUGGCACAAGGAGCGCCACCACCGCCGCCGCCCCCUCCCCCACCACCAGGACUACUGUCGAAUGGAGGCCCUCCUGCUCCACCUCUGCCUUCAGCCGAGCCGCUUCGUGGCUUGCCAACAGCUCAACCAAAUCGUGGAAACUUGCUAGCGGAAAUCCAAGCUGGAAAGGCACUGCGAAGUGUUGACCAUACGAAUACAAACACCAGCAAAGGGUUUUCGAAUGACGCACGAGGAAAUGUUAUGGAACAGAUUAAAGCUGGCGGAACGCAGUUGAAAAAAAGUGGACAUGAGUGCAGAACAGGAAAAAAGGCGGUCAACACAAGGUGGACAAGAUUUGGGUGGAAUCGCUGGUGCGUUGGCUCGAGCUCUUGC